GUGCGAUCCACACUCUUUUCCAGUAGAUGGCGGGAACGCACCUUUUGAGUUGAUCUGUCAGCCACCAUUAAACUCCAGAAGAAGAAGAAAUCUGAGACGAAUGACGACAGGGAGGACGCCCUGAGUGCUUUGUGCAGCCUGAAGAGGACCUACUGACCUAUUGCUACUCUCUUUCUCUCAUCUGAAUAUGGAGCCGUUCUGCAAACAAGACACAGAAAAGAUCUCUGAUAGAGAUAAAAGCACAGAAGUUAUUCCCAGCCCUGAACCCAAAACCAGAGAAGAGUUCCUCCAGUAUUCCCUUCGUCUGACGCCGGAUACGAACACGCUGUAUAAGCACCUUCGGCUGUCUGAGGGGAACAAAGUGAUCACAUUUACUUACACAGACCAGCAGUAUCCCGAUCAUCCAGACAGAUUUGAGUGUUGUCAGGUGUUGUGUCGAGAGCGUGUGUGUGGACGCUCUUACUGGGAGAUUAACUGGAGUGAUGCUGUGCAUAUAUCAGUGUCAUAUAAAAGCAUCCGUAGGAAGGAAUGGGGUCAUGGGAGUGAGUUUGGGCGUAAUGAUCAGUCCUGGAGAUUGUACUGCUCUGACUCCAGAUUUUCAUUUUGUCAUGAUAACAAAUGGACAAAUCUCCCUGUAGUGUCCAGUUCUUUCAGAAUUGGAGUGUAUGUGGAUCACAAUGCAGGAAUUUUGUCUUUCUACAGCGUCUCUGACACACAAAUGACCCUCAUCCACAGCAUCCACACCACGUUUACUCAACCUCUCUAUCCUGGGUUUACAAUGGUUUCCGUUCAUUCUAGAUUAACGCUGUGUGAUCCAACAAUAUAGAUUGUACAGAAAUUAAACAAAUUGUAUUUUCUAAUAA